UGGUAUCCGCUACGGGCAGGCAAUCGGCUAAUCCUAGAGCCUACCAUUAUUCUCCGUCGAUCCUCUCUGCCAAUUCCUCAUUUUGUGUUGCCACGUUACUUGAUUCACUCCUCGCUGCCCUUCAUUCCCGAUUUACCGUCUUACAUUUUCCCCGCCGAUCUGGUUUACUGUCCGUCACAUCCAGAUACUUGGGGUUGACUCUCUUUCUUUCUCUAUCUCUCUCUUAAUUACUCAACUCUUUGCUGUUUAUUCAAUGCUUUUUUUUCUUACCCAGCUGUUAUCUGCAGUGCCAUAAUCCUGUUCACUUUGUUCUUGCCGUUUUCCCCAUCUCCGGCGACCUCCAUUGCAACCCCAGUUUCUCUUUCAACCUUUUCCAAGCUCCUUCUCGCUUCUGCAUACUCAAACCCACCGUUCUCACCUACCCUUUUCCCCACGACUUCUCAUUCCCCCAUUGUUGUCUGUAAUUUGUAGAUUCUCUUCUCUACUUCUCUCUCUCUCCCACAUAAAUUAGCUUUCGUUCUGCUAUUUAUCUUGCAUUUUCCUCUACCAUUCCUUCAAUUGUUGCUGACCCUUUGAGGCUGCUUCCCCCGGGAGAAUCUGGAAUUGGAGGGUCUGGUUUUUUCAGGUCGAUAUUGGACUAUCUAUGCUUAUUGGGUCCCAGUUGGUUAAAAUAGAAGCCCUUUCUCUGCUUCUGUGGGAUCUUAAAGAGGAAGAUCAAGGGGGUUAGGCUAGAUCUGUUGAAAGGUCUAAAUGUCUUGAUUUAUCUGCGGCUGGAACUUAGGGGUCCGAGCCAGUUCGAAGUUUUGGCAUCUUGAGGAUCAACCAUCAGCUAUGUCAUCUGGAACUACUUUGAAUACAGAAUUGUCAAAGAAAACGUCCUUCCUUGGUUUGUCCCUAUGGGUUUUGAUCUGCUUAUGUGUUGGUGCAUUUAUUGUUUUGAUUCUUGGUAUCUUAUCUGUAUGGGUGAUGUUUCAAAGAAAGACAAGGAGAUCCCCAGAAAACUUCUCCACUUCUCAAAUACCAAACGUCUCGAAGGAUAUUAAGGUGGAUAGAAUCGCGACUCAAUCUGCCCACGGCAAUCAUCUUGAGAACCUUUAUCAUUCUAUUCAUGAUAAAUCAAAUGAGAAGAACUCAGAGAAGAUGAUUGGUCAUUUGAGCAUGAGCAAGUUGAGUGAUCCUGAUAACAUAAGCCAAUGCAGCUCCAAUUACUAUCAUGAAAGGGUUUUUAGCUCACAUUCAGGAGAAGAAGGAAGCUCUGGGACUGUUAGAAAGCAGUCUUCCAUGCCGUACGGAGGAUAUGGAGGACUUGUGACUGCCUCUCCUCUCGUUGGCUUACCUGAAAUUUCACAUCUUGGUUGGGGUCAUUGGUUUACCCUCAGGGACCUAGAAUUUGCGACACAUCGUUUCUCUCCAGACAAUGUUCUUGGUGAAGGGGGUUAUGGGGUUGUCUAUAAAGGCAGACUGAUAAAUGGAACUGAGGUUGCAGUAAAGAAGCUUCUCAAUAAUCUGGGACAAGCAGAGAAAGAAUUUAGAGUUGAGGUGGAGGCCAUUGGUCAUGUAAGACACAAGAACCUCGUACGACUCCUCGGCUAUUGCAUUGAAGGAGUUCAUAGGAUGCUGGUCUAUGAAUAUGUGAACAAUGGCAACUUAGAACAAUGGUUACAUGGCGCUAUGCGGCAACAUGGCACCCUUACAUGGGAUGCCCGGAUGAAGGUGCUUCUUGGCACUGCUAAGGCGCUAGCAUAUUUACAUGAGGCAAUUGAACCGAAGGUUGUCCACAGAGACAUAAAAUCUAGCAACAUCUUAAUUGAUGAUGAAUUUAAUGCAAAGGUUUCAGAUUUUGGAUUGGCCAAACUUUUGGAUGCAGGAGAAAGUCACAUCACGACUCGAGUGAUGGGCACAUUUGGGUAUGUGGCGCCGGAAUAUGCCAACACUGGCUUGUUGAAUGAGAAGAGUGACAUUUAUAGCUUUGGCGUUCUCCUUCUGGAAGCAAUUACAGGAAGGGACCCUGUUGAUUAUGGCCGUCCUGCUAAUGAGGUUAACCUUGUUGAGUGGUUAAAAGUGAUGGUAGGCACAAGGAGAGCUGAGGAAGUUAUAGAUCCAAGUCUUGAAACUAAACCUUCUACACGCGCAUUGAAACGUGCCCUUCUGAUUGCGCUUAGGUGUGUGGAUCCUGAGGCAGAUAAGAGACCAAAAAUGACUCAAGUUGUUAGAAUGCUUGAAGCUGAUGACUACCCAUCACGCGAGGAUCGGAGGAGCCAAAAGAGCAGCACGGCGAACACGGAAAUAGAGUCGACGAAAGAGAUCUCGAGUCCAGCUGAGGUUGGAAGUAAAGCAGUGGAUUCAGAGAGCAGAGAGGGGAACGCAUGAGUGGUUUGAAACUAGCUCUUCUCUUAUUUGUCAUUGCUGGUAGCAUGGUUUGAAAGCAGUUGGAUGGGUGAUGGUCCAUUUGUUUCAUAGUACAUAUCACUACUGCACCCUGUUUAGAUCACAUAAAAUUAUAGAGAGAGAGAGAGAGAGAAAUGUUUGUUGUGGCCACUUGCUCUAUCAUUUCCUCUUUCACGCCCUUUUUUUGUGAGAGAACACAACUCUCUUUUUCUUUUCUUUUCUUUUCUUUUCUUUUCUUUUCUUUUCUUUUUUGGCUUUAAUUGUUGGUUCACUCACCAUUGUUAUUAUAAAUUAUUAAUUUUUUUUGGAAGAAAAAAAAAGAAUUUAUUUUGAA